AAAUGGCGGAUAUUCAAAAGAAGAAUUUCCCAAACACUAUCAACAUUAUGGUUACGACAUGAAAGCAGUUUAGAACUUCUGGGAGGUGUUAUGCAUCCUGGGUGAAGAUACAGAGAGAAUAUCAUGGAUUCAAAAUUGUCAAUGAGUGAUGAUUUUUCUACAUCUAUUGAAGAGCAACACUUUCGUCCCCUGGCAGCUUCCACAGCUGCACGACAAGACAGGAAUCCUGUGAAGCAGACAGUUAAAGGAGGAUCGUUUAUAGACGUGGACAGUUCCGGUCUAUCUACCGACAUCCUAGACGUCCCUCCACAGGAACAUCAGUUAAGAUUGUCUUUCAGUGCAUUUGAUCAAUCUCCAAAACUCUCCCCAAGGGAAGUAACUGGCAGUAGAUCUUUACAAAGUGCUGCAAAAGUACCAGAACCAUUUGAAACAUGGAGUGGAAUGGGAAAGUUCCCAGACAUGAAGAAAGAUGACUUGACCAGCAGGAACUCCUCCUUAGGGUUGAUACAAGUGGAUGGCAUGAGUGAUUUAUCGUCCAGUGUGUUUACCUUACACACAUCGCCCCGAGAUGAUGUAGAAGAGGUACAGCCCAGUAUUAGCCAGGGUAGUCAGAGCUCAUCACAGAGGAGUCACAGUGAUAGUAAGAACGAUUGGCUACGUCCAGACAUCGACACUGUCAAAAAGAAACCAACCGUAAUGCCUGCUACAGCUCCCAUCGGGGAAGUCCGGCAGUCGCUGGUGUUUAGUGAGGCCAUCCUAGGGGCUGAAACUGAUGCUGAUGUCACAAUUCCAGAGAUACAGUUCAUGGAAGAUGAAUUGAAUCAAUUGGAUGCUGACUUCAGUUACUUUGAGGAGGUCAAUGGCUCCAGCAGUGAUGAAGAAACUCCAGGCAAGAAAAAGAAAGGUUGUAAUGUUGGUGAUGGAAAACUUGAUUCUAAAUACUUACAACCUUCUUCACCUCCACAUUCAGAGGGAGCAGAUGGCAAGAUGGACCCUUUUCCUAGUCUGAGUAAAGUGACUUUGUUUGAGGAUGGGGGUAGUGCAGAAGACCUAGUUCCUGUGAUUGUCAGGAAUCGGGACAGGAGAACGGAACCUCUGAAGACAGACACUGGAGACAGCGAGAUAGAUACCGAGGAUGAAUUAGAAAUAGCGAGAAAGGCUAUUGGUCAAGAGGAGAGGGAGCGGUCACAUACUAUGGGGCAGAGUUUGGAACACAGUGCUGGCAGGCCAGGUCUGGUGGAAGGAGCUGAUGUAGGGGAGAGCAGUUCUGGACUGAAGCUGUCAAUCAUGAUGCGUCAGUCUGCUGAGGGAGAUGUAGUUACCUCCCCUGUCCCUGGGGAUGGUGGAGGAGGCGGAGAUGGAAGCAGUGGUUCUGACAGUGAGGACCAGUUCCGACGGCGUUCCUCACAAGCGCAGGAGUUCUUAGAGCAGUUCCGACCAAGUUUUCAACCAGCUCAGGAGAAUAUUAACAGACAUGAUCUCGAGGAACAGCGAGUUCGUCCGAUGGGAGAUGACCUAUUGACUGAGAAAGGACUCAAUCGCUAUUCAUCCUACCAGGGAACAAGGCCCCAAAGUGAUGAGGCCCUUCUGGAGUCUCGUUUUUUGUCCUCCCAGCCGACCACAGACAUGACAACAGUGGCUCCCUGGUCUGGACUAGAUAAUAGUACAUUUGUGUUGGAUGAACUGCUCCAGAGUCAGGCUGCCAAUACUGGUGGCAGUAACAGCCAGGGAACUCCAGAGCAGUCUCCGGGGGACCGACUGGAAGCAUCCGGAUUCAAUGCUGAUGAUGCUAAGCAGGAUCAGCCAAAGGGUGAAGACCCAUUUGGAGGUUUGGCUUCCUCUUUUGGGUCCUUUGGGGCCAGUCCAGUUCCUGAGCGAGGAAGGGAAAGUACAGAGAGUUCUGUGUGGAAGGAAAUGCACGCUAGCCCUUUGAGCCAGCGUACGAGUAAUAACAGCCGAGCCCCAGGCAGCCCACGGGAACAGAGCAUUGGAGAUGGUGAACAGCCAUCAUUUGGCAAGUUUGAUCCCCCAGUACUAUCUGCAGGAGAACCUGCUGCUAGCAAGAGGACAGUGUACCAGGACGAGGAUGGAGAAUUUGUAACAGACCUGGCCUAUCAAUCCUCAUUUGUAAAUGAAGUGAACUUCCAGAAAGAUAAGAUGGCAGCUCAGGGAUUGGACGUAGAAACUCCAUGUGGCCUGACUUUUACUGAUCAGGAAUUUUUUAAUUCAGAUGUUGGGCAAAACAUGCUUGAUGCUGAUGAACAAGAGUUUCAGAAAGAAAAUGUUUUUAUGCAGGAGGAAGUGUUUACACCCAGUAAUGUUCCUGUCCUCGAGGAAUCGUGGGCUCUACACAGUAAAAUGUCUCUGUCCUGUCCCUCCUCUCUACGUGGAUCAGACGACUACACUAGGAUCUCGGUUGGCACAUUCAUGAAGAGCCGAUCUGGAGCCCUGGGAUCAAUAGAUGGUGUUCCUGAACAGAGACCGGAGUUUGGUAUGAUAUGUAAGACACCCCCAGAGAACAGAAAGCCAGUGGCCUUGCUGGACAUCGCUGCCAGUGGCUUUGAUGGGGAUGAGAGCUCAAUUAAUCGUACAGCAGGAGUUGGUAAUGAGGAAGGAGAUGGCACACUAAUUAAUCAGUCUGAGAUGACCCUGGCUGAUUUGGCAUUGUCUUUAAAAACAAACACUUGUGGGGAGUCUGGUAACACUUUAAGUCAACAGGAACUCCCUUCUGGUAACACUUUAAGUCAACAGGAACUCCCUUCUGAUCAGUCUGCCUCAGAGUCCUCUACUACCCUCAACAUCAGUGAGAUCAGUAGAGCCAUUGCCAAUAUGUCCAAAUCGGCCAAACCAGAAGAGCUCGCUAAGAUGAUAAUGUCUCUAUCUAGUAAAAGCAAAGGACCAAUCUCCAAUGGAACAGAGAAAAUGCCUUCUUCUAUAAGAGAGGAGACUGAAGGUCAUUCUGUGAGUAAGUCAUUAGAUAAAGGACUCGUGGGCUCAACAGAACGUAAGGAAACUGAGGGAGAGGCUCAACGAACUCCCAGGGAUCAGCUGAACAAGAGCAUAUCUAGGCUGCCAGUCAGAAAAGGCUCCAAUGUGGAUUCCAAGCGUCGGUCACAAUCUUCUUCUGAUUCAGCAAGGGGAUCAUAUGAAGGGGAAGAGUUCAGGCAGGACGAAGUCAGAGAUCAUGUUAGAUCAUCUCAGGAAGUCCAUUUUAGGGCCGGGAAAAACCUUCAGAAAUCCAAGCCUGAUGGUGAGGAGUCUGAGGAUGAGUUUGUAAGAACACGAGGAAGUGGUGUGAGUAAGGGUGACCGAGUAUCUGAUCUGGAUGAGGGAGUAGCUAGCUUGCCCUCAGAUAUUCAGGGGGAAAAGGACACCUGGCGUUCCCCACGUCUGAGUAUAGCUCCCUCAAGCAGGAGGUCAGGCCCCCAACAGGAAGCAAGCAUCCUUUCCCCCCAAAAUCUGUUUGGUACCCAGACAUUGUUGACAACACUUGAUGGAAAGGCUCCACAGCUACCUGAGGAAGGCCCUGCUGUAUCAUCUGACAUCCCCAUAUCUGUAAGAGACAUACAAUAUAGAGACAAACAGCCUGCUGAUGGGCAGGCCUCCAAGAUGGAGCUUUAUGUACAGACCUCGCAUAACAGUCCCCUAGGUCAGUCACCACUCUCCUCCAACGGACGACCACAGUCAAACACUUACCUUGGCAAGAAACAAGACCAAAUUCAAGAACAUCAUGUUAGUCUAGCUUUGGAGAAAAGUCCCCGGAGUAGUAGUUCAACAAGUCUUGGACUAACGGGCCAUCACAUUCCUGAUGGGACAGAGUACAGCUUCCAGGCAGAUGUAAGUAAUGUAAGUAACAGGGGCAGAUCAAGGGAAGACUUGGUCGGCACAGCAGACAUCCAAUUGGCAGAUUCUAGAGGAUUUGAUCUCAUAAACAAUAGAGAGUUAUAUCAAAACAACCAGAAUUAUAAAAAACAGUCUACUCAUCUUGACUUGGGUAUGUCUCAAAAUGAAAAAGGAGCCAUGCUGGAGGAUAAAGGGAUGUAUUCUGAUAGAAAUAGUGAUUUAUUCCUGCAAAGCAAAUUCGGCUUACAGAAAAAUCAAGAAACUGCUGACAUAAGUGAUGAACUUGUUGAUAUUCCUCCAGACAGUUUUACUCGGACCACUGAUAUGGUGUCAUCGUUCAGUCAUAGCACAGAGAGACAGACCUCAAAUCCUCUGUUCAUAGACAGAAUUUGUGAUAGUGACCGGCCCAAUAUAACAAACGAUAGGCAUCCUCCAACAUCCACAUGGUCCAGUAGUCGAGGAGAAAAUGAAAGUGAGAGGCAUCCUUCAUCAGCCUCACGGUCCAGUAGUCGAGGAGAAAAUGAAAGUGACAGGCCCGAUAUUACAAACGACAGGCAUCCUCCAUCAGCCUCACGGUCCAGUAGUCGAGGAGUAAAUGAAAGUGAGAGGCAUCCUUCAUCAUCCUCACGGUCCAGUAGUCGAGGAGUAAAUGAAAGUGAGAGGCAUCCUUCAUCAGCCUCACGGUCCAGUAGUCGAGGAGAAAAUGAAAGUGAGAGGCAUCCUUCAUCAUCCUCGCGGUCCAGUAGUCGAGGAGAAAAUGAAAGUGAGAGGCAUCCUUCAUCAUCCUCACGGUCGAAUUGUGAAGGAGUGAGAGACACUUACAGGCAGAACGUAACAGCCGACAGGUAUCCUCCAUCACCUACACGGUCGAGUAGUGAAAAAGUGAGAGAACGGCCAGAUAUAGCUGAUAGACUGGGCCCUCAAGUCAUGCGGCCAAGUAGUCGAGGAUUGAGUGACCCUGUGAAGGACCAGAGUGAGUGGCCAGAAAGGAUGACCAGUAGUCCAGAACCUAAAAGAAACCAUUUGGACACUAUCGCUAUGCCUCCCCCUCCACUGCCCAGUUUCAGACACGACUUAUUGUCAAGGAAACCAGUUGCAUCAGGAGGUGGUGCUGAAAAGCCACUUCUUCUUACCUCUCAAUCUCUGUCCACUACAAGUUUUGCCCAGGAGUAUCUUCACAGGGAUAUUCCGGGACAUCUCAUAACUAAUCCUCUGGCUUCCAGGGAUUCACGAUUGCAUGGUGAAGCUCGUGUUUCUGCGAUACCACGUCCACACUUUGCUGGGCCACACUCAGAUGAUGUUUGUCAUCCUCACCUUCACCAACAAACACUUCAUGGUUUAAGUACCCUUGACCAUGGCCCAGCAUACCAGAGCACACCCUUCUCAAAGGGAAAUAACUCCACACUGUACUUGCCCAUCCACGAUUUGAUUAUGACCCCGAGCAGCAUGCACACGAUGAUGUCCACAGGCCCCUUGGAAGAGUCUCUGCCCAUCCACUCCACCUACCAGAAAUGUGACAAAGGCUCAAGUAGCCACCCUGACACAGAUGAAACCUCAAAGCCAAUCGCGUCGAGGAAACUUGAGCCUGUUGAUGCUCCGUCUGUUCUUGAGUUCUCCAGUGUGUGCUGUGUAGGAAUAUCCAGUAAGGCUCUACUGCCUAUGACCAACCCCACGAUGCGCUGGCUGGAGUGCCACCUUGAGGUCGACUCACUCACUCUAGAUGGCCAUCCAGUGUCAUGUGAUGCCAAUUUCCCCUUUGAAAUGAAAUCCAAAGUGAUCAUUGAACCCCACAAUACAGAAGACAUGUCGGUGAUAUUUAUCCCAAAGUUCCCGGGAGCGUAUAAAGCUCAUUUGAAUAUCUAUUCCCACUCAUUCUUGCGGGACAAGGAUGCAGAAGUAAAUAAGGUGGUCACUUCUAUUACAAUACUGGCUGAAGCUGAGAAACCACAAAUACAGGUGGUGGCCGAGGGACAUAGACACCUAGACUUUGGUCAUUUAUCGUGGGGAAGCACCAGUGAGAGGGCACUUUGUAUUGUCAAUGAAGGCAAAGCUAUGGUCCCAAUCCGCCUCGCCAUCACAACUAACAAGAGGCCCUGGCAUUGUUUUGCUUUUGAUCAGAAGAACAGUGCUGCUGACGUGUCUGUAAUAUCCCGGAGUAGUCGACCACAGACCCAGGCCCUAGGAAAGACUGUCAUCACCAUGUGUCUCCCAGGCAGGAGAAAUGGUCAGCCCAACGAACCACGGGAGAUCAUUAUCUACUGUCGUCCUCCAGACAAGCAUUGUGAUCGAGCCAUGGCCCAGCUCCCUCCGGAUGAGAUGACUGCCCGUGUAGAUGUAGAAGUGGACACACCCUCUUCUCACCUGCCUGCUCUCUUCUCCAUCAAACUGACCGCUGUUGUAGGAGUAACUAAACUCCGUAUCGCCAGGAACCUAGAUGUUGUCCAGUUGAUGGCCCCCGUUGGUAGACAAGCCAGUCAGGUGGUGACACUUAAGAAUGCUGGGAACAUUAACAUGGAACUAAUGCUGCUCACAGCUGACUUCGCCGACGCCUUCAUUGUGACACCCAAAAGAGUGAUCAUCCCCCCUGGAGAUAACGCUGAAGCUUGCAUCAAAUUUCUACCUACAAAUGAUGCAGUUCCUGAAUUUCAAACUGUACUACUGAUGCGGAUAUUACCUGAUGGUCCAGAUUAUGAAGUCCCUGUGCUGGGUAAACUGGUGAAAGAACAGGUGGCCACAAAAAUACCUCUCCUGUCUGACAAACACUUUGUGUGUUUCGGUGGUGUGCCUGUUGGCCAGGUUGUCCAAAAGAAGGUUACCUUAUGGAACAAGUCUGAGGUGUUGUGUCGCGUGAGGGUGGAGAUACGAUCAAGCUCCUGGGACUUUCAGCUGCAGGGUAGUUUUAACAGUGAACAAAAGGAGAUGUCAACCCGUGCUCGAGAUGUUAUCAUCAAACCCAUGGAGAAGUACCCCAUACACAUCGUGUUUGCCCCAUCUUCUGUUUGUGAAUCAACUGGCAAGCUUGUCUUAAAAUAUUCUAUGUCAACUUUUAAAUUCUCGAUUCCAUUUUGUGGAUAUGGUGGUACAAGCAGCGUAAUUCUAGAGAGAGCCAAAGUGUCAGAUAAGGACCAUUACUGGCUGGAUAUGGGCGAGAUGUCUGUAGGUCAACGACUCGUAAAAAAUGUCAUCCUCCGUAACACUGGAGACCGUCCAGCAUAUGUACAGUCACUGUGUUGUACAGAUUUAAGAUGUAAACAAGCCCUUAUUCCCAGUCGUGUUUUAGUGGAUCCAGACAAAUUUGUACUAGGUGUUCAGGAGUCAAGGACUGUGAUGAUAAUACUGAACCCCACACAUCGAGAAAGUGCCCUGUGUCUCACCCACAAAGAUCUGGUUGGAGUUGUCACAUUUCUGUACGGGGAUGAAAUCAGUCGACAAAAGAUGAGAGGGGCCAUUGAACAAGGGAGACAAUCCAAGCCGUUGAAAACAACUGAAGAUGGAUUGUUGAAAACAAUCAGUUUUUGUAACUACUAUAUGGAUGAAGAAUCUGUAGAGUAUACUCCAUCAGAUCAGAAGAUAGGAAGUCCUCAGACAGAGGUAGAUCUCUUCUACUCGUCUAUGCAGCGGUUGAUGGUGUCACUGGUGGGCGAACCACAAAAAAGUGCAGUGGAGUCCAUGACGGUCACACCACCAAUGUACAGAGCGAGCAGGACAGCUGAUUUACAGGAGCCUAGCUACAGCUCCACCUGUGUAGUACCGGUCAAGGACACAGUACAGACCAGAGAUUCGGUCUCCAUGCGUCACACCAUGCCUGUGAUUCCAGCACGGCCACUUUACAGCGAGACUGACCAGGAUAGUUGGGGCCUGCAGCCAGAUAAGAUCAUCCUCAAUGUUCCCAAUAAUCGGGAUGAAAAACUUCAAAUCCAAAAAUUUGUGAUAACAAACUUCCUGAAUAGAAAAAUGGCGUAUGAGCUAUGCUGGCCAGGACACUGGAUUAAGUUGACACCUGAAAAAGGCACAGUGGAGCCAAAGAGUAGCAGUUCAGUGUGCCUGAGUCCGAGUGCUGCCGUGUUUCAAAGCUUCGAUCAACUUCCCUGGAGUGGAAAAAUACAUGUCAACUGUGAUAACCAGUACAAGGUACUUCUUGUUCAAAUACGAAAUGACCUAAUUCUGGAUGGCAGCACCUUAGUCAAUAACAACACUCUUGUUCCUCUGAGUAACAUGUCUGCCACACUGUCCACUCCAUUGGCUAUCUGUGGGUCACAUGACCCUCCUACUGGACUACACACUUCCACGACGACCAUAACUUUCCCUCCAACAAAUGUUGGAGAACAAUCAGUGUCCUGUAUAGACUUGACAAAUUAUUCCAAGAACACUGUCAAGUGGAUACUUUCAUCCUUCGCUCCCCCUUACGUCAAGGGAGCAGAUAAUUCCCGCGAUGUGUUCAGAGCUACAUACAAGGUGUUUGAGUUUGCUGAGAAAUAUGGGCAGGUUGCUGGGCGUACGGAUGCUAAGCUUCAAGUACAGUUCAUACCAAGGUCUAAAGGAAUGUUCUCACAGCACUGGGAUAUUCAGUCUAAUGAUGCCUCAGAGAAUUCCAAGAAGUUACACACAGUUCGGGUACAACUGUGUGGAGAGGGUUCGGAGAGAAGUAGUUUACCUGUAAACAGAGUGAGGGAAGUCAUACAGGACACCAGUAGUGUCACUCCAACGCAGAAAUAUAGCAGGAUUCCGGACACAAGCAAGUCAACAAGUACAGCAGGAAAGGUGUCUCCAACGAAGGAAUCGAGAAAUAGGUGUGGAACCUCUCAGAGAUUUGACAAGGAGAUGAAGCCAGUGGUACUGAAGGACAGGAGUAGUGAUAUUCACUUCCCCAGCUGUGGAGCCAAGGCCACUGUCGUCUGUAAGGUCCACCUGAAGAAUGAGUCGAAGACAAUACACUCGGUUGAAAUCAAACAGCCUUCAUUACCAUUCAAGAUCAGUCAUACCAACAUAAGCAUACGUCCGAGAAGCUACCUGAGGUUACCUGUGGAAUUCUCACCUCAAAAUACAGGACACUACACAGAGAGCUUGGUGUUCAAAGUAGAUGUGGGGUACAGUUUGACAAUCCGACUGGAGGGUCACUGUACGUAGCUGUAUGUGUGAUGUUAUAACGUCUGUCUGUGAUAUACCGGGGGUUAUCUACUCCCACCUGAUCUCCAAUAGUGGAUUAAUGACUAAAUACAACUGUGAUCAAUUUAGUAACACUACUGAACAUUUACAGAGUGUUACCGACAGUCGAGGACAAUGAUCUAGUGUCUAUUGACAGACUGGCUUGAUGUCAGAGGAUCAGCUUUAUAAUCCCUGGAUAAGAAAAUAUUUAAUUUGCAAGUUGCUACUUGUAAUGCAGGCUUCAACUGUUAUAAUUUAUCAUAAUGAAGAAAUCAAGGGUACAGAAGCCUGUCUCUCUCUUCAUUCUGUUAUAUGUACGUGUGGUACCUGAUCUGUCUCAGUAGAAAUCUUCUCUCGGAACGUAAAUGUUGAGAGUAGUGUUUUGUCUGCAUUUAAAUCAUAAGAUAUAUUAGUAGAACAUUAUUAGGAAUGAAAUAGAUAUGAGUGAGUCCAGCAACUACUAAUCUUGGUGGUUUUCUGGCUAAUCAGUGAGUGACCAAGUAACAGUUUAUUAAUUUAUUAAUUAAAGGUAACUUUUAUUUUAUUGUUUGAGAAUUUUCAGUGGUAAAGUACUAUUUCAUAAUGUCAUGCAUUAAUAGUUGUUAUUUUAAAUUGAUAAAAUUUCCACAACAAAAUUAUUUGGUGCUAAAGUCAAUCAUGAUAUUUUGGGAAUUGAGUGUUAACACUGAAUCAAAGUCAAAGAUACAUUUACCAUGCUGUUAUGAACCAUCAAACAGGAGCUUGUGAUGAUGAUAUACCCUGUGAUGUUCCUCCAGUCAUUUGUCUGCAGAAGUUUGAUACAGAGUUAUUGCCCUUUAUAAGAUAUUAUCCAGAGCUAACUUGUAAACUUGAGAUAUAUAUGUACAGAAAUUAGUUGACAAUGACAAUGGCUCCAAGAUCAAAGAUUGAAGUUUUGAGCAAUUACAGGUAUCUUGAUAAAACUUGAAACAUAUUUGUCAACAACAGGCAUGCAGUGACUAUUUCAUAUCUAUUAAUGUUUAUUUUCCAUUGAAUAAUGAGAGUGUAUCACUGACAAUGACUAUAGUUUCACUUUUCUCCCUUUACAGACCAUAUUUGUCUUCCUAUUUUUGUACAUCUCUGAGGAUACAGUGAUGGAGUUCUCUGUCACCUUAUACAUUGGAGGUUCACUCAUGCUAAUGAUGUACCAUGCUAAUGAUGUACCAUGCUGAUGUUCAGAAUACUGUUUUUUUAUCAAUGAUAUUAUGGCUACAUGUGGAUUGGAAAUUCCUUGUUGUUGCAAAUUUGAAAAAGAAGGAUUAUAAGUGAUUGUGGUGCCAAUGUAUUGAUCAUCAGGGUGUUUUACUGUGUCACACUAUUUACUCUAUUUAUCAGGAAUAUUACCAGUGAAUUGUGUUCCAAUAUUUUUGUAUCAAAAAUAGUAUGUAGAUUGUAGGUUGUUUAUAUUUAUAUUGUAAAGCAAUAUUUCAGUGGUGUGUUAGAAUGAGAGAGUUCAAAGUCCGAAUAGAUUCAGUAAGUAUGGUGUGAUAUGAGUGGUAUAGUUGUGAGAGUUUUUGGCAGAAAGGUGGGUGAAAUAUCAGCAUUCAAUAAGCCUUGAAGGAUAAUAUUGCUUAUUCAUUCAUAUCAAUUAAUAUUAUCAUCGAGACAUUGAUAAUAUACGCCCAGAAGGCAUUGACAUAUUUGUAAAUGGAAGUAUAAUCUCUAAAUUCUUAUAUACAUGAUAGAUACUUGUAUAUAUUUGUAAUGAAGGCUCAGAUAAAUGAUUUGUUUUCCACUGUUUGGGGGUUGGACCUGUUACAGGUAUGGUUGGGGGUUGGACCUAUGACAGGUAUGUUUGGGGGUUGGACCUGUGACAGGUAUGUUCGGGGGUUGGACCUAUGACAGGUAUGGUUGGGGGUUGGACCUGUUACAGGUAUGUUUGGGGGUUGGACCUAUGACAGGUAUGGUUGGGGGUUGGACCUGUGACAGGUAUGGUUUGGGGUUGGACCUAUGACAGGUAUGUUUGGGGGUUGGACCUGUUACAGGUAUGUUUGGGGGUUGGACCUGUUACAGGUAUGUUUGGGGGUUGGACCUGUUACAGGUAUGUUUGGGGGUUGGACCUAUGACAGGUAUGUUCGGGGGUUCGACCUAUGACAGGUAUGUUUGGGGGUUGGACCUGUGACAGGUAUGUUCGGGGGUUGGACCUGUGACAGGUAUGUUUGGGGGUUGGACCUGUGACAGGUAUGUUCGGGGGUUGGACCUGUGACAGGUAUGUUUGGGGGUUGGACCUGUGACAGGUAUGUUCGGGGGUUGGACCUGUGACAGGUAUGUUCGGGGGGUUGGACCUGUGACAGGUAUGUUCGGGGGUUGGACCUGUGACAGGUAUGUUCGGGGGUUGGACCUGUGACAGGUAUGUUUGGGGGUUGGACCUGUGACAGGUAUGUUCGGGGGUUGAACCUGUGACAGAUAUGUUUGGGGGUUGGACCUGUGACAGGUAUGUUUGGGGGUUGGACCUGUGACAGGUAUGUUUGGGGGUUGGACCUGUGACAGGUAUGUUCGGGGGUUGGACCUGUGACAGGUAUGUUCGGGGGUUGGACCUGUGACAGGUAUGUUCGGGGGUUGGACCUGUGACAGGUAUGUUUGGGGGGUUGGACCUGUGACAGGUAUGUUUGGGGGUUGGACCUGUGACAGGUAUGUUUGAGGGUUGAGGUUUACACAAGUAACUUAGUUUUAUACAAGGCUUGGGAAAGGGGAGGGGUGGGGACUUCAAAAAAGUCAUAUUGAUGACGGACUUGUUAUUAUAUUCUAUAUUUGUAUUGUAGCUGAUCUCUAAUUAGCAAAAUGAUUUAAAUAAGAUGUGUCAAUGUUUGCUCAGUAAAUUUUUAUAGGCUUAGUAACAAGACAAGAAGGCAGUGAUAUCGUUUUGCAUGUAUUUAUAUCUAUAAGUCUUCCUCCUAUUUGAAUGUAGAGUAGAUAAUGUUGACGACUACAGAAACAGAUGUCUGAAGUAGAUACUUUUUCCUUUCCAGUUUGGCUAGAAACUUACUGUAGUCAUUAUAAUCAUGAUCAACUGUGUUAUCAGAAAAGGCCAGUGGUAUCCAGGUCAAAUACAGUACAGUGAAUAAGUACUUUAAUGCUUACAUAUAUAUAUAUUCACCUUGAAUAUUUCAUAAACAUUGCCAAAUAAAACCGUCAAAGGCCUGUAUGUAGAAUGUGGUUUUAUUUAUGUCUAGUAUACAUGAGUGCCAGUGGUUUAUUUCACACUAUGCCUUAUAUAUGUUACUUUGUGGGAUCUUGCUAUAUAGAAAUAUUGAAUGUCUUCAACUUAAACCAGUAAUAUUACAAAUUAAAAUUUAUUAAAAUAUUC